UCGGUGCUUCGAGAAAGACAGCACAAAAAAUCAGUGUGUGCGCACCAGUAUCCAGCACUGGCACCAGCACACACCAAGGGAGGAAAACAACCGACAGAUAAUCUGUUGGUUGUCUGUGCAUAUUCCCUUAUUUCCCUCGGUAAGAUUUACAGAACCUGUCCCCCGGUUCUCCAGCAUCAGGGCUUCACUCGUUCUUCCACAAAGAGGCUGACACCGUGGAGAGAUGGCAGAAGAGGAGUUACAAACAUUUACCUCUAUCAUGGACGCGUUGGUUCGCAUUAGUUCCAACAUGAAGAGUAUGGAAAAGGAGCUGCAUUGUCGGGUAUGUGAUGAAAUGGUGAAGCAGCCCAUCCUCCUGCCCUGCCAGCACAGCGUGUGUCUGCUAUGUGCAGCUGAGGUGUUGGUACAUAAAGGUUACCCUCCUCCGGAUCUCCCUCCGGAGCCAAACUCACCGGCCUCCACUCCGAACACCCGCUCUCCACGACAGGCCUGCAGAUCUGCACCUAGGACCCCUGACCGCCUGGAACGUGUCCUCAGAACAGUGUGCGGCACAUACCCAGGGCGGAGGCGGAAGGACGCCGCCCCUCCCCCCAUGCUGUUCCCAUGUCCAUCCUGUCAAGAGGACGUGGAGCUUGGAGAAAAAGGCCUGACAGACUGCCUCCGCAACCUCACUCUGGAGCGCAUCGUGGAGCGGUACAGGCAGACUAUCAGUCUGGGCAGUGUGGCCAUCAUGUGUGGUUUCUGUAAGCCUCCUCAUUCUCUGGAGGCCUCCAAGGGCUGCGCCGACUGCAAGUCCAACUUCUGCAACGAAUGUUUCAAACUCUACCACCCGUGGGGAACCCCUCGAGCUCAGCACGAACACAUUCUACCCACCAACAACUUUCGUCCAAAGGUCUUAACGUGCGCAGAGCAUGAGCAGGAGAAGAUGCAGUGGUAUUGCCGUAACUGCCAGAGGUUGCUGUGCCCGCUUUGUAAGCUUCGUCGUGUCCACCAUGGACACAAAGUGUUGCCCAUAGCACAGGCUUACCAGGCCCUCAAGGAAAAAGUCACCAAGGAAAUGAACUUCAUACUGGCCAACCAGGAGACUAUACAGAGUCAGAUCACUCAACUGGAAGCUGCAAUCAAACAGAUGGAGGCAAACAGCACAGUGGCUCUGCAUCAGCUCACCCACUGUAUCAGAGAGCUGGGAGCAGCAGUAGCCGAGCGUCAGGGGACCCUGGCUCUGGCCCUGGAGGGAUCCCGCAGCAGGAGGGAGGACGCCCUGUCUGCGCAGGUCUCAGAGAGGCGAGGCCUGCUGGAGCAUGCGGGCCUGAUGGCUUACACACAGGAACUGCUGAAGGAGACUGAUGCACCCUGUUUUGUACUGGCUGCUAGAGUCACUCACAACAGGCUUGUGAAGGCCAUAGAACACCUCCAGUGUUUGUCUCCCUCUGCUGAUCCCUGCUUCAGACAUUUUCACCUCGAUGCAUCCAAGGAGGUGAAGCUCAUCCAAGGCUUGGAGUUCAUACGUGCCCCGAUGGCCCCAGUCAUCGACACACAGAAGACGCUUGCCUAUGAUCAGCUUUUUCUGUGCUGGCGCCUCCCCCAGGACUCGGCCCCAGCUUGGCACUUCUCCGUUGAGUACCAGCGGCGAGCGGGAGGAGCCGCACCGACCUGGGGCGGCAUCAGAUCCCCUAAUGCCGCAACAUCGUGGCUACGUCUGGAUGAGGUGAGAGGGACGAGUGCUGUGGUUGACCGGCUGCAGAUGGACAGCGUGUAUGUGCUCAGGGUGAGAGGCUGCAACAAGGCCGGGUUUGGAGAGUACAGUGAGGAUGUUUACCUCCAGACUCCACCAGCACCUGUGUUGAGUUUCUCUUUGGAUUCACGCUGGGGGCUGCAUGCUGACAGGUUGGCACUGGGAAGAGGCCAAACCUACGCCCGCAGUGUGCCAGGCCUCUCCCUCCUUCAGGCAGCCGACCGCACACUAACUUCCUGCCACUUGACCUCAGACCUUCUGGUCGCUGACGUGGCUGUCACUCAAGGGAGACACUACUGGGCUUGUUCUGUGGAGCCUGGGUCCUACCUGGUCAAGGUGGGAGUAGGGCAGGAGGUUAAGCUACAAGAGUGGUUUCAUCUCCCCCAGGACAUGACAAGCCCUCGCUGUGACCCGGACAGCGGCCAUGAUAGUGGGGCAGAGGAUGGCCAGGACUCUCCUCCCUUUUGCUUUCUCACAAUAGGCAUGGGCAAGAUCCUGCUUCCUCAGGGACUAAGUCACAGCCAGAGCCAGUCGGAGGGAGGACUGCACUCCCACGGUAGCAGCCACAGUAACCUCCCUCACCAUUAUACCGCUCCUCUUCCACCUCGACUUGGAGUCUGUCUGGACUGUGACAAAGGACGUGUCACCUUCUAUGAUGCCCACUCGUUGAGGAUCCUGUGGGAGGGACAUUUGGAUUGUUCGGCUCCCGUGUGUCCGGCCUUCUGCUUCAUUGGCGGGGGGGCCCUGCAGCUUCAGGACCUUGUGGCCAAUCAGACCAACGAGGAGCUGCCGCCUCGGAGGGUUACUAUCCAAACACGUGCAACGAAUCGCAGCAAAUAAACUGCGGUGAGACGGCAGUUUAAAGGAAAAGGUUCAUGUUUUCAUGUCUGAGUCAAAGGUGGUUUAAAUUCACUGAGUUCACCUGAGUUGAUAAUAAUUGCCUUGACACUGUCAAACUUCUACUUGAUAAAUCUAUCAAAGCUAAAUAUUGUUAAGGUUUAUCCUUUGAUUGUGAUUCUUAAAACCUUUUGCACUUAGCCUGAUUAUCUCAAAUCACUCUCUUUGGCUUUUUUUUUUUAUGUUCAACAUGUACUCCUACUUUCUUUUUCCUGGACUUUGAAAUGCUCCAACGGACAUAGUGGCUGAAGGGACUUUAGACUAUGCAGAAUUCUGUUGAGGGGUGGAGUCGAGCACCUCUAUAACAGAGUAAAACAUUAAUUAGCAAUAUUUUAAAAAAUCUGCCCUCCAUUUACUCUUCAUUUGUCCUACAAUGACAGAACAAUAAGCGUUGCAUGCAAUGAAACUAGGAUUCAUAAGUGACAUACUCUUUAUGCAGAUAAACGUCUGUAGCUCUGUAAAAGCGCCUCAAAUGUACUGUAUAUCCAAUUUUAUAUCUUCACUUUUUUUAUAGAGCCUAAAAAGAGUUUACAAUAGUUUGAGUUAAAGAAUGUGAAUAUACAUACAUGAGCUGUUGAAUCGUAAAGUACUGUCAUGUCAGGAUCACGUGUCUCUAUGUCUGAACACUUCAGUUGGUAAUUAACAGAAUUGCUGUUUUGCAUUUCAAGAAAAAGGAUUCGUGGCAAACAUCACAGUUGAAUCUUUCUUUCUUGUCAAAGUGAAAAAAAAAAAAAGGUUUUGAGGAUUGAUUUCUGAUAUUGAUGUUUGACUCAAAAAACAUGUGAAUACAUUACAAUGUUUUACAUUUUGCUGAGGGUUGAUGGCCUACCUGUCUGGUAAUGAACUGUGUUGUAAACAGAAUAAGAUGUGACGUAUAAGAAAGUACUAACUGAAGCAAGUUACAGCAAAAAAAGGUCUAUCUCUAUUUAUGAGCUUUGGUUGACUUUUAAUUUGUUUUUUUUAUAGCUUUUGGUUUUACUACUGAACUCACAGAUGCUCAUUUACUCAUAAGCUGAUUUAAAGUCAUUUAGGGGAAUGUAACAGCGCAGUCCUGAAUCAUUUCAAUGCAAGAGAAUGUCAACAUCUUAUCAAAUGGACUGGCUCUGUAUGCAUUUUGAAAUAUACUAUGAAUCUACAGUAUGGUGCGUUUGUUUGUGAAUGUGAGCUCUGGCUGGGACUUUUAUGCUUUCUAUUGCUUUUUUGUGUGAGUGACCUGUUUUGAAUGGCACAUCUAACCUCUGCUUGUGUUAGAGCACAGCACAUGAAUGAGUUUAGACUGUAGCAUCCCCGUACUCAGAAUCUUUUCAUUUAGGUUUAGCCAUGCUGGCAGAAUGUUUCUUUUGAUGUCAUGAUGAAAAACAAUAAAUAAACAACUGCUAACUGUA